GGCACGGGCAGUUGCGCCGCCAUUUUGCCUGCUCUGGGCGGCGUCCGCAGGCCGAUCUCUCCCUACGGCCCCGGCGCCUCAAGCAGGUGUCAGUGCCCAUCCGACCCCGGAAUUGUGACUUCCAAUUAUUUCUCCAAAAAGACAUGGGAAGUACAUUAUAAAGAAUAACACAUCUGCAGCUAUACUAAAAGUUGUAAUUCCAUCAAAAGAGACAAUGGAUUCUUUGUCUCCAUCAUCAAAAUUUUUAGACCUGGAUCUGAAGGUAACUCACGUAGAGUGCCAUCCAAAGGAAGUGCUCGUGACAUUUCAGGGGAAAUAUAAUACAGAAUAUGACUUUGAUUACCACAUAUUGCAAAAGGAAAUACAGCAUGUAUCCAAAGUAAAGGACGGUAUUGGCAUUGGCGAGUUUUGUUUGGUGGAGGACGUAAAUGGAGAAUGGCAUAGAGGAAGAGUGCUGGAAAAGAGAGAGGAAAUCUAUGAUGUGUUUCUCAUAGACAUUGGGAAAGUACUAAUAGUUAAUGAAAUAAAUGUUUCUUCUGCAUGUGGUGAAUGGUUCCAGCUGCCUCCAAAGGUGGUAUGUGGUGUUUUUUCAAACAUACUUCCAGUUGGGGAAAAAUGGGGUCCAAAAGCUCUAAAUUAUUUUUCUUCUCUAAUAGGAAUACAGAUUAAAGGUCACGUGCAAGCCAUUUUACCAUACCAAUUGUUUCUCCUGGAAGUACCGAAAGUCACUAGUGAUGUUCUUGAACUGCAAUUAGGAAAACUUGUUGAUGGAGAUUCGUUUCGUCUUAUUGUAGAAAUGUUAAAGGAAUUACCCCAAGAGCUCCUUUGCAAACAAAUGCCAGAAUUGCUGCAACAGAAAUACACAAGGCCAGAGUCAUUCUCUUUCAGCAAUGCUGAAAAUCUACCAGCAUUUCAGCCAAUUCUGGAUAGAUUCCUGCCUUCUUUAUCUGUCGGCAGUAUAGAGAAGGUAAAAAUAAAUGUUGCAAUCAGUCCAAGCAAAUUUUAUUGUCAGAUGCUAAAAUGGCAGAAAGGGCUAGAAGACUUGACCACAACAAUGACUUUGCAUUAUGAAGCUGUCAAUAGGGAAAAUGUUCCAUCUUGUGAUAGUUUUGGAACUCUCUGUGCUGCAAAAAGACAAAAAGGACAGUGGCACCGGGGAGUGAUACAGCAGCUCCUCUCUGAUGACCAAAUAAAGGUCUGGUUCAUGGAUUUUGGCAACAGUGAAGCUGUGCCUUCCAGUCAUGUUCUGAAACUUCAACCAGAAUUCACUUCCUUACCAAUGAUUUCAUUUCAGUGUGCACUGUCAUGUUUCAGUGAUCAGAGUGAAGCUGUAAAAAGAAAUUCUCAACUAAAAGAAUUUAAACAGGCAUUGUUAGGACAGACUGCUGUGUAUGCCAGCAUUGAUUUGUUCAAUGCCAAUGAAUGUUUGUAUUAUGUUACAUUACAUAGUCAAGAAUCUGAAGUUAAUGCUGAAUAUCCACAACAGGUGAAUGAAGUAGUUCAAGCAUGUUCCCUAGUUUCUAGUACAAAUGUCACUAAUAUACUUGGAGACAUCAAAGCUUAUGAAGAGAUCUGUGUUUCAGUUGAGAGUUUGAUUGGAAACACAGAACAAAUGGGAAUCUGCUUAAUUGAAAAAGACCCUUCUUUAUCAAUCUAUUGCAAAACAGUAGAAAUGAAAAUAGAUGCCGUUCAUGUUGCUUUUGUCGAAUAUGUGUUAAAUCCAUCAAACUUCUGGAUUCAAACUAAUGACUAUAACAACGAGUUUCAAAUCUUGAUGAAAAAUAUUGCAGAUGUGUAUAAUAGAUAUGGAGUUUAUGAUAAGAUUGUUGAAAACCCAAAACCUGGGUUACUCUGCUGUGCCCGGUAUAGCAAAGACAUGGAGUACUAUCGAGGACUUAUCACUGAAGUGGAAGGUGUAAACAUUAACGUUUAUUUUUUGGAUUUUGGAAAUACAGAUACCGUACCCGUUCAUGAUGUGAAAACUUUGCUUCCAGAGUUUUGUAAAUUACCAGCACUUGCCAUGCAUUGUGCACUUGCUCAUGCAUUUCCCAUUGAGGAUGUAUGGGUUAAAAAAGAAACAGAUUUCUUUAAAAAGGUUGUAUUUGACAAACAGCUCUUGCUUUAUGUCAUUGCAAAGCAAAAUGACAAGUACAUUGUUAAUGCACAAUUUAUGGAUGGCUUGGAACAAAUGGAUGUUGUCACGCUUAUGGUUCAGGCUGGAUAUGCUGAGUACUGGGAAGUGCAACCGGAUUCUCUUUUGAACUUUAUGAAAAAUUCUAAAGGCCUAAAUUCAAAAAACAAAAAAUAUAUAAAUACACAAGGCACAUAUGUUAUGCCUAAAAGUAAAGUACCAGCAACUAGAAAUAUCUGUCAAAACAAACAGUUAUUAAACACUUUUUCUGUGGCAAGAGAAUCUCUCGAAUCUUUUCCAAAUUGGGAAAGUACUCUUUCCGGAAAGCAUUAUAUAAUAUCUGGGAGAAGUGACCAUAUGAGCUCUUAUAAAGAGUUAAUGUUUAAACCAGGAGCAGUUCUUGAUGUCAGAUGUUCUCAUAUUAUUUCUCCAUCCCAUUUUUUUUGUCAGUUGCAAAGCAAAUUAUCAGAACUAAUGAAUUUAAUGGAGCAAAUUCAGAGUUAUUAUGAAAUGCAUAGCAAUCCCUAUAAAACUGGCCAGAUUCCCUGUGUUGCAAAACACUCCAAGGAUGGAAAGUGGUACAGAGCAGCUUUUCUGAAACAAGUAUCCAGAAAUGAAGUUGAUGUGAUAUUUGUAGACUAUGGUAAUCAGGAAAGAGUUUUACUUAAAGAUCUUCAAGCUAUUCUUCCAGAUUUUUUAACUUUGGAAAGUCAAGCUUUUACAUGUAGUCUUAAGAAUGUAAAUGAACCCUCACAAUUUUACCGAUUCAUUUGGAGUAAAGAGGCAUGUAAGGAUUUUGGAGACUUAAUUUCUGCUUCCAGUGGGCUAUUGACUUGCGUCAUUUGUGCUCUAAUUCUCAUAAGGCCUAACUGCUUGUGUAAUUUAGUUGAUUUACAGUCUCCAUUUGUUGGUACGCAGCAGUUUCUCAUAGAGCAUGGCCAUGGCCAGUCCCAAUUUUUUGGAUUCACAAAAGCAUUUAAACCAUCAGUUUUUCUGUAUAGUUUUUGCUAUUCAUCUUUUAAUAUAAAAAUUGGAAGUGAAGAGGAGGUAUAUAUAACUCAUAUAUACAGCCCUGCAAAAUUUUAUUGCCAGCUUAAUCGUAACACUGAAAUUAUAGACAAAUUGAUGAAGAAGAGUGCAGAGAUUAGUAACAUACCAAACAGUUCAGAAUAUGACCCGAGCAAAAUACGAUUAUGCAUAGCCAAAUAUUUUGAAGAUGGUCUCUUUUACAGAGCUUUGGCAUCUUCCACGGGAUCAUCAUCCUGUUUACUAGCCUAUUUUGUGGACUUUGGGAAUAAACAGCUGGUAGUGAGAGACAAACUGAUGCCUAUUCCAGAUCAUGCCACAGAUUUACUAUUGACGCCCAUGCAAGCCAUUAAAUGUUAUCUGUCAGAUCUUAGAGAGAGAGAAAUUCCAGUAGAAGUCAAUAAAUGGUUUGAGGAGAAUUUCAUGGGUAAACCAUUGAAGGCAGUAGUAGUAUCCAGAGAGUCAGAUGGCCAGAUUGGUGUGGAGCUGUAUGAUGGACAUAUCCAGAUAAAUCAGAAAAUUCUACAUUUAUUGUCUGAGAAUGGGAAAAAAUACACUGAGGAAUUGGAGCAUGUGAAAAGUUGUACAGAGCAGUCUGUUGAAAAUAGUAAGGAGGUACACAAAGUAAAACCUGAUGAAUGUAAUAAAACAAAAGAUAAAAAUAUUGAGAGAAUUGCCUUGAAAACUGAAAUAAAACCUGAAGUACAUGAUAUAUCUUUUCAGACUGGUGUUCAAGAGAAUUUUGAAGAUAAAGAACAAACUGUGCUUGUUCCACAAAAAUUGUGCAAUAUGCCCUUUAUACUACCAACAUUCCAUGGCAAUAAAGAGCCAGUUUGUAAAAAUGUUAUGAAUAUACCUUUGGAACACAGAGAGAAAAAUGCAGAUGGAAUAUUUACUCCUGAAUCUCUACUUUGCCCUGUUUUCAAUUUGCAGGAAAUACCUGCAAAUAUUAUGAAUGAAUCUUGCACCAAUAAACUAAAUUAUACAGGUCAACAAGAAGGUAGGGAAAAUAGACCCAAAUAUAUCAAUCUUCCUCCACGUAACAUUGAGCUGAAUUCUCAGUUAGCAGGUUACAUUUCCAAUAUUAAUAGCCCAUCUAGUUUCUAUAUUCAGCUCGCAGAGGAUGAAAACAUAAUCAUUCAACUUGCAGAAGAACUAAAUGAAGGAAAAAUAAAUGUAGACCAUGAAAAUUACCUGAAUGAACUUGUGGCAGGGGAUCUUGUUUUAGCAGAAUAUGUAAUUGAUUGUUUCUUAUAUAGAGCAGUUAUUAAAACAGUUAGAUCAGGAAAAUCCUAUGAGGUAGAAUUCAUUGACUAUGGUAAUACAGCAGUUGUGAGUCCAUCAAAAAUCUACAAAAUUCAAGGAAAGUUCUUAACUUUGCCAAGGUUCAGUAUCCAUUGUUUCCUUAGUAGAGUAAAAAGUACUCAUCCUGAUGGAAGCUGGAGCAGCAAUGUUAUGUUCUACUUUUCCAGAAAAGUAAAUAAUAAACACAUUACUUGUGUAUUUUUGCAACAACAUGAACAACAGUGGGAGGUAGAUAUAAUUUGUGAUGGAAAGUCUGUGGUUAAUGAGUUAAUGCAGAGACAUGACAGCUCAGGAUUACAGAACACACAAAUGCUAAAUAUGGAAAUUAAUACAGAACAAGACAUUCCAGUCACAAAUGCAGAUCCUGAAGAUGAGGAACUAAGGAAGAACUCUAGAGGUCAUAACAAAUACGAGGCUGUUGAGACUAGAAACACCUCUGAAAUUCUCUCUAAAAUCCCUAACCAAGAUCUAAAUCCUGGACAACUAGAAAUGGCAGAAAUAAUUCAUAUUUCAAAAUGUGGAAAUUUCCACGUAAAAUUAAUGAGAAAUGUGCAAACAUUUUUGGAUUUAAAUGUAAUGGUUGCCAAAGAAGCAAAGAGAAACCGUUUGAUUGCAGUAGAAAAUAUUCAAGAAGGAUUGGAAUGCUUGACAAAAUCUAAAAACACCUUGAAGUGGUACCGAUCAAAAGUGAUGAAGCUUGUUAGUGAGGAGAAAAUGUUAGUUUUCUUCAUGGAUCGUGGUAGAUGUGAAAUGGUAUCCUUGCGUAAUACAAAAAUGCUCAGUAAUGAGAUCAAGUGUAUUCCUAAACAAGCCAUAUUAUGUAAAUGGAUUUGGAUUCAAAAUUCAGGUAAAAUGUCACGUGACUAUGUGAUAAAGAAAAUUGCACAUCGUGAAAUAAAGCUCCUGUUUCUGAGCUACUUGGAAUCUUCUUGUCUCUGGGAAGUAGAUAUCUUAGUAGAUGGGAUUCUACUUUUGGAAUAUUUGAAUCAGAUCUCUGGGCAAGGCGAGAUCAACAAACCUAAUUGUACAGAAAGUGCAAAUAAUGUGGCUUCUAAGACAUCUGUACUGUCUUUUAGAAUAAAUUCAGUUACGUGGGCGCUACUCCAAAGUGGUAAUCAAUAUCCUGGUUUUGCAACUACAGUUACUGAUCCUUCAAACUUCAGUAUUCAAUUAGAAGAGUUAUUUGACACUAUGAAAACCUUGUUUAUGCUACUUUCUGACCUUCCAGGCAAUUUGCCAACUUUGCCACAAGACCUUGUGACUCCUGGUGCAAGUUGUUUGAUCAAGUUUGGGUUGUACGCGCAGUGGAACAGGGUAGAAGUUUCUGAAAUUUCAAAUCAGUCUGUUCUUCUUAUGUUUAUUGAUUAUGGCUUUCCUGCAUAUAUUCCCUACUCAGAUAUUGAUAAACUGAAAGUUGUUCCAGAAGAACUUAUUUGUUUACCACGAUUAUCUUACUCCUGCUCCUUAUCUGGUGUGAUUCCUGCUAAAGGGGAACACUGGAGUGAUGAAGCUAAGCUCUUGUUUCAGGAAUUUCUAGGUAAACAAGGCCUGAUUUUCCAGUUUAAGCAGUAUGGUUCUGGAAUGAAACUAGAGGUAGAUGUUCUGUGUGAGCGGAGUAAUGUAGCAGAUACCUUGGUUGCAGCUCGUCAUGCUAUCUACUGUAAAAGUACAUGCUGCCUUCUUGGACUUGACAAUACAAAACCAGUUGAACCAUGUUCACAACUUCAAAGUGAAGCACAGCAAUCACGUUUUCUGCAAAGUUCUGAACCAAAACAUAGCUGUACUGAAAGCAGUUUCUUGACAGGUAAAAAAGAGAAUGCACAGCAGCAAACACGAGAUCUGCAACAUAGAAAUGCCCGUGGUAUAGUUUCAAGGAGUAAUUCUAUCACUAAACCACCUUCUAGAAAACGACCCAGGAAGAAACCAAGUUCAUAUAGUAAUGGCAAAAAUACUGCAAAAGAUGAACUUAAGUGUGACAAAAAAUUAUUUAUGCAAUUUUCGGAUGAUAAGAAAUGUAACAUCAUUUCCACAGAAAGUCUUACUGAAAAUCUGCCUCCAGAAGCAAUGAAUGAGACAUGUGACUCUGCUGACAUGAACACCAGAAUGAGGGAAAUGAAGAUUAGUAAAGAGGUGGCAUCAUAAGAAUAUUUGAAUAGUAAGUAGGCUUCAAUUGGUUUGGAUAAUGUCCUGCCACCUGCGGAAAAUGAAGGAUAUGAAAGCUUCUCAUUACAUCAACUGGAAUUUAACUUCUCUUGUUGCCACUGGUAAACUAUUCAAAAUAGGUCUAAAAUACUUUUAAAAUGCUAAAAUCCAUUUCAGUACUCAGAUUAAACUCAGUAUUCUAUUAAUAUCAAAGUAAAAACAUAAGUUGAAGUUCAUCGUUGUUAAUUUGUGUGUAGCAUGACGAAAUAUCAAUAGUAUUACAUGGGAUCUGAUAAAAUAUUUUGCAUCUGCUUGUGAAUAUCUUAAAAAUCAUUUUCCUCAUAGUUAAAGUAACUUACAUUUUAUCAUUCCUUUAUAUUCAUAGGUAAUUUUGAACUUUGUGCAUUUGUUUGCAAAGUUAGAAGGAUAAGGACAUAUUUAUUUUGAUCUUUUUUGUUUGUGUUGGUUUUUUUUUUUUUUUUGGUUAAGUAAAGCUGAACAGGACCUGUCCACAUUUACAGCUGUUAAUUAUGAUAGGCUACUGGAUUUUUUUGCAAUAUUAGAAUAUUGUUAAUGUGGCCACAUUUUUCAAUUUAUUUGUAAGUAAUUCUAAUACAGUGUCAACCAAAUACUAUGACGUGUAGCAUAGAAAUGACAACCAUUGUAAAACAGCAAUUCCAAAUGUGUAUUUAUUUCAACCAAAUGUUCUAGAAAUGGAAAGUGUGUAAAUUAAUUUAAAAGAUUGCCAAAUGUCUUUAGUAAAGUUUCAAACAUGGAAAAGUGUUUAUUAUUUAAUACCUGGGGUGGGGGGGAACCUCCUUUAAGUCCAAGUCUAGAUUAUAACCAUUUUAGGAUUUAUACCAUACCCAAGUGUGUUGGACGAUGCUUUGGCAUUGCAUACUCUUGUGCAGCUCUCAUUAAUUUUUCUCUUUUAUCCCAGCUACAGUAGAAUUUGUGCUAUGUGUAUUGGAAGGGAGAAAAUACAACACUUUAAUUUAACUUAAUCAGCUUUGUUUUUAUGUAUUUGUAUUUGAAAAGAAUUGACAUACUUUUAAGCCUGAAAAUCCUAAAGAAUAUUUUUUCCAUUGGCUUUUAACCAAACUUGAUACUAAAUAUAACUGAAGCUUAUGUUUCAUUAAAUUUGAUCAUAAGAGAGUUUUUUUUUUUAUUGCUAAUCAUUUGAGUGUAUAUUUUUAAUUUGUAUUGUGACAGACCCAG